CUCCUCUGGACGGGCAAAAUAGUCUCUCCUCACAGACACAAUAAAGUUUUGAGCAGGACGCUUGCAGGCAGUAGGCGUAAAAGCAGACCGCUGUAUCUCGUCGCUGCGCUGCGCUUCUCCAAACGGAGUUACUAACGGGGAACAAGGCAAGGCAACCUGCAGGAUUUAUCCAAAUGUGUUUUUUUUUUUAAUCUAAAACACCACAGAUGCGUAUAUUAUUUUAACUGAAACAUCCUUUGAUUCUCGUAAUGAUUCACUGCUGCUUUCUGGAUAUUUUAAUCCACUGAAUGGCUCGGAGUUGGAUAUUAUAGUCUCAAGAACGCACGGACUACACGCGCUCCACUUCUGCUGGACUAUAAACACGCGCCUCGGUUUCCAGGGAGACCAAACCUAAGCUUCGGUGCUUGCAUUAAGGAGGAUAACUGUAUAAUUAACUGUACCAACAUUUACAAAGGGCAGGCGGUGACCAUGCCCGGGUUGAUGGUGUCGCUCAGCGGGGCAGCCUUGCUCGUCUUGUCCGGGCUCUGCUUGGUGCAGGCUUUCGGCGAUGAGGCGGAAGAAAUGACCUGCGACCCGAUCCGGAUCAGCAUGUGCCAGGGUCUCGGUUACAACGUCACUAAGAUGCCCAACCUUGUCGGCAACGUGCUGCAGUCGGACGCCGAGCUGCAGCUGACCACGUUCACGCCGCUCAUACAGUACGGCUGCUCCAGUCAACUCAAGUUCUUCCUGUGCUCAGUCUAUGUGCCAAUGUGUACAGACAAGGUUCCCAUCCCCAUUGGUCCAUGUGGUAGCAUGUGUCUUUCUGUCAAGAGAAAAUGCCUCCCAGUGCUCCAUGAGUUUGGCUUCAUAUGGCCCGAGGAACUCAACUGCAGCCUCUUCCCACCCCAAAACGACCACAACCAUAUGUGUAUGGAGGGUCCCGUGGAUGAGGCCUACCAGCCCGUUCGCCAUCCUCACCACCAGGAGGAGUGUCACGCCCUGGGAUCUGCACUUGACCAGUACACCUGGUUAAAACAGACUGAGAGCUGUACUCUCCAGUGUGGUUACGACAGCGGGCUGUACCGGCGAGGGGCCAAGGUCUUCACGGAUGCGUGGAUGGCAGUGUGGGCCGUGCUGUGCUUCCUGUCGACCACGCUCACAGUCCUGACCUUUCUGUUGGAUUCACAGCGCUUCUCCUACCCUGAAAGGCCCAUCAUCUUCCUGUCUAUGUGCUGUAAUCUGUACAGCGUUGCCUACCUGGUGCGGCUGACUUUGGGGAGGGAACGUGUUUCCUGUGACCUGGAUGCUGCAGCAGUACCAAUUUUAGUCCAAGAAGGGUUAAAGAGUACUGGCUGUGCCAUAGUCUUCCUCCUGCUCUACUUCUUUGGCAUGGCUUCCUCACUGUGGUGGGUGAUCCUGACCCUCACUUGGUUCUUGGCUGCUGGACUGAAGUGGGGCCAUGAGGCCAUUGAAAUGCACAGCUCCUACUUCCACAUAGCAGCCUGGGCCAUCCCAGCCGUUAAAACCAUUGUCAUCCUUAUAAUGCGACUGGUGGACGCUGACGACCUGACGGGGCUCUGUUAUGUUGGCAACCAGCAGCAGGAGGCACUCACAGGCUUUGUGGUCGCACCGCUGGCCACAUACCUUCUAAUAGGCACUCUGUUCAUCUGUGCUGGCCUCGUGGCUCUUUUCAAAAUCCGUUCCAAUCUGCAGAAGGACGGUGCCAAAACAGACAAGCUGGAGCGUUUAAUGGUGAAGAUAGGAGUGUUUUCUGUUCUCUAUACUGUCCCAGCAUCCACUGUCAUUGGCUGUUACCUCUACCAGCUCUCUCACUGGGGGGAGUUCAGGGCCAGCCCUCGAGACUCAUACGUGGCAUCAGAGAUGCUUCGGAUCUUCAUGUCUCUGCUUGUAGGCAUCACAUCAGGUAUGUGGAUCUGGUCAGCAAAAACCCUCCACACCUGGCAGCGGUGCUCUGCCCGCCUGUUCAGGGAUAGCAGGGCGAGUCGGGGUGGCAAGAGGACACCGGGCGAGGGCUGGAUCAAACCGGGGAAAGGCAAUGAGACGGUAGUGUGAGGAGAAAGGACAGGAAUGGAAAGGAACUUCUACCUACUUCUCUCUCACUUACAGAAACUCACUCUGCCAAACAAAAGAUGGAGAGGGCAGAGAAAAGAGACAAGAGGGAGAUGAACAAUGUGUGACACAAGGACACAGCAGGAGUUUCUCAAGGAGGCCACUGGAUGCAAUGGCAUCAUAAAUGCUCGCUGAAAGUCCAUAAGCUCUACUUGUGUGCCUCUUAAGGUGGAUAAAAAUGGAGGAUUGGGUCAUACAUAAGUAGCAACAGUAGCCUCUCUACCUCUGUUAGACUUCAAUUGCCCAGAGAGAGAGAGAAAACUAAAAAUGAAGGAGACAGAGAGACGGGAUAGGCAGAACAGAAGCAUCAAUAUGCAGACCAGACACACCAAUACUGUAAGCUGUGUAGCACCACGUCUACCUCCCUGUCUCUCUCAUCUCCAGAGCCCUUAGCUGAAGAGACUGAAUCUGCUGGUGACCGUAACCUUUAAACUGUUGUAUUGCUUUAGGGCCUUUUGAAUUUGACACUGGACUGUCGAUACAGAUGCAGAUGCAUCUAACAGCUUGAGUUCCUGCAGAGUUUCAUGUCCAUAUGCAAAGGUUUAGAAAAUCAAUAACCAGAAGUAAGUUGUAAAAUCUGAAAACAUAUCAAAUAUGGCCUUAAAUCUAUGGUGUGUUUACCCAUGAACAGCAGAAUAUUUUUUGUAAAUUAUUACCUUUUGUACAACAUAAAGGAGUUAGUAAAGGAGUGAUUGUUAUCAGUCAGAAUUCUUUGGGAAACCAGCUCUAAGCUGUAAUGAUGCAGUGAAGCAUCAGUGUAUUUCCAGGGAUGGCAGCAAUGAGACUAAUAACCACUUGUUACACAGUAUAUCAAAAUGCAGAGGGCCCUUAACAUGAAGGCCACGGAAAAAAAAAACAACUAAUGUCGAUUAUUGCUCACUUUAUUGCAAAUAUUAUGAAGGGUGGACAGAGAAGCAUGAUGGCAGAUUAAUUUUUAAUGUGUCUUGUGAGUAAAGUCUGUGGUAACUAUGAAGUCACAACCCAGUGUGUGAUGGGAGAACCCUGGCCGUGCCUUUUAUCAGCUCAUAAAUAUGCAAGCAGUGAGGUGUCUGGGAAAUGUAGGCCUGCGUGUUUCACCUCUGCUGUCUGUGAAAAGCUCAGCUAAUUGGCCAUCUUCUUGGAAACCCUGUACUGCAUAUGUUGUUGAGAUAUCAUGAAAUUCAGGAAAUUAAAUUCCAAUAUUUUCCAAACAUCAGACCUCAGACAGGUUAUACUGUAGAGGUUAUUAGACAAUCACUGGCCAAAAGACAACAAAGAGCUGUCACAGACACACACACCUUUGUGCAGGUAUACACAGUCCCACAAAUCUCAUCCCCCAACUUAUAUUUCUAUUAUUGUGUUUACCACUCCAGUUUGAUGAUACACAAUGCACUAAUAAUUGUCCUGCCUGCACAUUUGUAAUGUCUGCCUAUCUAAUUCUCUCAUUGGCCCAAUGCCUGCCUGUUUCUCUUUAACCUUCUCUACUGCACGAUGGCUCAUUUCCCAGACAAUCAAUUACUGUACGUAUCGCGUUUCAGAAUUUCAUGGACAAUAGAGAAGAGAUUUCUAUUUAUUGUCUCCAUCUCCCACCACAUCAGUAACUUCUCUGAAAACCUCUUAAAACCCUAAGCUUCACAAUAAGUUAUUCCUGAUCCAUCAUGUCUUACUGCUGCAUUCAUCAUAUCUCGCAGCCGUUCCUAUGCGCCGUAUAUUUGCCUGACAAUCUAUCUAGCAAAGCUUGCCUUUGAAUGUAUAAAAAUGUGAGGUGUGUGUUGCACUAUGUCCUCUACAUUUAAGAAGAGUAAAGAAAACUUGGUUCAGGGCAUUUGUGUAUGGUCUGGAAUAAUGUUUCACCUGUGUGUCACAGGUCAUCACAGGUAUUAGAAUGGGGCAGAAAAAUGAUUUUUACAGUGUGGGCUCCCUUUUCUCCAAAAUAUGCUACGUGUAACAGCAUCCUUAUUACAUUCAGUUAUACUUUUGGAGGUUCUGGUGAAACGUAGAACCCAAAUAAAAACAUGUCUCUCAAACCAGCAUACCUUGGCACACUUAUUACAUUUCCAAAGUCAAACAAACAUUAUGUCGAGUUAAGCGGAAUUAAAUUAACCUCAGACCACCUCCCCUUCUGAGCUAAUUCAGUUUCCCCUCUUUAAACUGUCUUCAUGUCUUGGCCGUCUACUCUUCUAUGACCACACCAAGCUUCAGGUGACAUUUUCAAACAAUUAUCAAACAGUUGUGCCUUGAAACAUGACGAGUGUGUGCCACAGCCUAAUGAAGAUCAAGAACCACUGGUAUAACUGAUUUGUAAAUGCUUUUGAGAAGCCCAGAUAUGAAUCAAUGUUCACCAACACUGAUCGUAGCCUUUAAGGACUGUUCCUUUGUAUAGAAAUCUGUUGUCGUGAUGAUUUCAUCAUUGUAUUAUAGAGAAACUGCUAAUUUAUCCUUGUAAAAAAAGUGACAAAAAAUUUUAAAACUUGUUUGUUAUUUAAAAACACUUUUGUAUCAGAAGAUGAUGAAUAAAAAACCUUUUGGUUUCCA